GGCAUCUCAAACAUAUAAUAAGAAUAAGUUUUCUAUAAAAAUAGUAUUGGUAUAUAAAAAAGCAUUACAUCGAACUUAGUCGUCGUGGCUUCAUGUGCGUGAUGUGUUCUACCCUCAAUGUUUUGGUGUACCUCCUGGUCAUAUCCCAUUUUGUCGUAGAGAUCGCUUGUCGAGUGGAGUUCACGAACGUAAAGUGCAAUUCUGUGGACAAGGAGUUCUCCGAUUUUGAAUAUUGUUAUCUGAAAUCUGUGAACCGGAGCUACAAAUAUCUAUCGCUGAAAGUCAAUCUGUUUCAAGUUCCUAUUACCAAUGUCUCGACGAAAAUAGGACUGUACAAGCGAUUCAGUGGAUAUAAACCAUUCCUUUACAAUUUAACUGUGGAUGCCUGCAAAUUUCUUAAACAUCAAAAAUCAUUCCCCAUUGUAUCAUAUUUUUAUGAGUUAAUCAAAGAUUUUUCAAAUAUGAAUCAUUCAUGUCCCUACGAUCAUGAUCUACUAUUGGAUAAGCUUACCAUCGAGCAUGUCAAUAACCGAUUCUCGAAAACUCUGGACUUUCCCGCGGGCGAUUACUUGAUCCACUUGCACUUUCUGGCCUACGGCAUCAACCGUGCGGUGAAUGACAACGGUGACAAUGGCAAGAGGAUAAUUGUUUUGCGGUUUUAGCAAAAUGGUAUUAAAG